CCAUUGCAUCCUGGUGGGCAUGUCUGGCUGUACAUGGCUUAGAGGUCGACUCAGUCAGUAUGGUGUUGGCGCUGAGCUAGCAAGCUCCUCUCAUCUACACGUGAACUGCCCUUCCUUCACACGCCCGACACACACACUUAAAUCCUAAGCCUUUUCCACAAAUUCUUUAGCCUUAAGCCCUUCAAAAAUAUAAAUCUCUUUUAUUUUUAAUAUAGUAUUUUGCAUUAAGAGAGUAUGACAGGCAAAGUCAAUUGGUUGUGUUUGGUGGUAUUAUUAUUGUGUUGGUGUAGAACAUAUGCACAGAGCUUGCAGAACACAAGUACGUCAGGUCUUCUCCAACUGAGUACAUCUAUAGCAGCGUCCAGCACACAGCAGUCAGCCUCCGGGUCAAAGGUGAAGGAUGGUGUGGCAGCGGUGUCAGUGUUACCCAACAGCACAGUGGCUGUGCCACACCUGGAGUGUGGCUACAUCAUGUGCGAGGCUCCACAUGUCUUCAUCAACGAUACUACACACUUCUGGGACUACUUUAUCGACUGGGAGAUGCCUUCCCCGGCAGAGAACGACCCCAGCGUCUUCAUACUAGCCAACAGAUAUCAGCUGCCCCGCGCCUAUCUCGUCUUCAAGGGGUUCACCUUAAACUUCACUGGGGACUACCUGUGCCUGCUUCACUUCCGCAGAGACCCCAUAGCUUCCGUCAGACUCACGCUUACCUUGGAUGACACCCGCACCUCCAGAGACUGUAACAACGCCUAGCUUUUGAAGACCUCCCGUGAUCUACCUUGCCAACAAGUAGAUUCUCAUUCCUGUCAUAGCGACCAGCUAACAUGCACUGCCACUCUACGAUAACUUUGAGCAUUUACACUCUUGUUGUCGUAGCGAGGUGCUGGCAUACAUUAUCACUCUACAAUAAACGUGUGCAUUUUCACGUGUAGUAGCCAACGUGCUGGCAUACACUACCACUACGAUAAACAUGUACACUUGCUGUCAUAGCGACAAACUAAUAUGCACUGCCAUUCUACGGUAAACAUGAGCAUUUCAAGUAUGUUUAUGAAUGAAAUAUAUAUGUGGAAUCUUCUCACUAUGUGUAAUUUAAUUUUUGGCAUAAUCAUGAAUGGUGAAGGUAGGGCAAGACAUGGAAAGAAGCAAAACACGCAAUAACAGGUAACUCACAAUUUGGAGAGGAAACUUCAACCUAACGUCUUCAGACUUCUCGAUUAUUCUCUCACUUGCAACCUGAUUAUGGUCUAGGUUGGAAGUGAAUGCUGUGGUGACAAUGACAAGAUGUGGAAAAAAAGACGCUUGUAUACACUUCAGGACAUUUAUAAAAGAAAACAUUUCACUACAAAAGGCUUCUUCAGUUUUUGGAUUGAAAUGACUCGUGGUGAAGCCUUUUAUGUGUAUGUACAGAACUGUACAAGUUAUCUUUUUCUACGGGCAGGUUAGGCCGUCUACAACUUCUUUUCCAGUUGUGUUAUUUGUGAAUUAUUCCAGCCAGGAUAUUAUGACUUGACAGACAAAGUUUGUUAUGAUAUACUGGCUGGAACAAAUAUAAAUAUCACGAAUUGCAGUUGAAAUCUGAACAAUGUGUUUAUCGGUACUUUGGUACCAUGUUAGGAGUUAGUCAAUAAAAUGGUCAAGAUGGUAUAAGAUGAGAUGAAGCAAGGGUCAAGUUGCUUUGGUUCUGAUUAGAACAGUCAUGAAGAUUAAAAUGGCUGACAGCAUAGCAUCUACAGAAACAGUCAAAAAUUUACACUAGGAGCGUUGUGUAUAAGCAAGCUAAGAGCUCUUUAUUUAAGGAACUGGAUUAAAUCUGAUUACCUUCCAUGAGUUGUACGAUCCCUGUGGGUUUAGCGCUUCGUGAAUGUGAUAAUAAUAGUGUGUAUAUCGUUUAAAAAACUAUUCAGCUAGAGCUCUGGAAUCCUCGAAAGGCUAGGUUAUCAAAUAGCUAUAAUUUUUAGCAUGGCUGAAAAGAUGACUGUUGUGUCAGCAAGAGGAACAUGGGUUUGUGGUUAUGUGUCGGAAAGGGAAGCGGCAAGAAUUACCAGUAUACUGGAGAGCAAGAGUAGCGGACUGUAUUGCUGCUGCUUUGUUUCUGUAGUCUUCUGCCUCCCAGUGCGUCAUCAAGUGCUUUAAUAUGCUGAACAUCCGCAGCUUAACCUGACCCUCGCUGUUUCAGUUCCCGUUGCCUUGAACUUUCUACUGACUUUCACCGUGGUCACUAACAACUUUACAGUGCUUCAUGGCGAGCGGCAACGUUGUCCAGCUUUCAGUUGCAGUUUCUCUCCAUAUCUGAGUCGCUGUGUAGAGAAUUAAUAUAAUUAUCGUAACGUCGGAGAUUUACUGGCAACACAGGAAUUUGAGGUUGCCUCUUGAUAAGAGGUUUCCAUAUGUGUUUCUGAAAAGUUUAUUCGGGCAAGAUAGGGAGAGCAUUGAGACAUCACACACCUAAUUAGGAGCCUUCUGAUACAACAAACGUAACUUUCGUAAGUCAUAAAGAUUAACCUCUUUACUUAUUCGUCAGAGAAACCCACUUGAGACGAGUCUUUGUCAUCUGAUGGCCUGUUCAGUGAUGGCAGUUAUAUCUGUAACAGGCACCCAACAAAGCAAUCAAUCACUGGCGUGCUCUGGCGGACUCGAUCAGUAGUCUGUUUAGAACUGGUCUGUAUAGAUCGGUAGUCUGUAUAAUUGAGCAGUGAUUGGUAUAGGUAUACAGUUUUAGACUUCGAUUUGAUUCCACUUAAGCGAGAAGUUACCCAACAAUUUGUUAAAAGUGUGUUUGUGCCAAUUUAUUGGCAGUGAGCAGAGGUUUCACGGCCAGAAACCUGACGGACUCCAACACCUGCAACAGAGGCAUCUGUAAUGUUUUUAUUUUUACUAAUUUGAGUAAAUAUUCAUUCGUAAACUUUUUUUUUUUACUUUAUAGGCAAAUAAGGUAUCUUGAGAGUUUGUCUCAGGUUUAAAAAUAUUAAUUCAAGGUAUGUAUUUGAAGUGAUUUUACCUAAUUAUAACUGCGCUUGCGGUGACGAAAUUUUUCGUUGGCACAUCAAAAAAUAAAUGCGAGAGGCAGUGGUGGUGCCAAGGGAAAGUUUGGGGGCUUCAGCUCCCCCCCCCCCCCCGCAAAAUUCCCUCAGACCCCCAAAGUUCCCAAAAAAUAGUAAUAAUAAUAGCGGUGCUUCAGAUCAAGUCUUCUGGCUUUCCUUUACAACCAGUUAGCAACCCUAGAAGGCCCUGGCGAGAGGUGGUAUUAUAUCACUGGUGACUGAAAACACACUUAGAACAUUGUUCUCUUCAAGGUCUAAAACUUGAACAAAUUGUCAUUAUAUUCCAAACAUGAUUUUGACUAUUUAUGAUCUAAGAGCUGAAACGAAAAAUUGACGAGUGCGUGUAGUAUACUUGGCGUGCGUUCGCGCGCGCGCGCGCGUGUAUGUGUGUGUACUCACCUAUUUGUACUCACCUAUUUGUGGUUGCAGGGGUCGAGUCUUAGCUCCUGGCCCCGCCUCUUCACCGGUUGCUACUGGGCCCUCUCUCUCCCCGCUCCAUGAGCUUUAUCAAACCUCGUCUUAAAACUGUGUAUGGUUCCUGC